AUGUCUGAAUUCAAUCUGACCUCUCAGGACACUCAACUCUGCAACCGGACAGAAGAUAUCCAGAAGAAGCUGGCUGCAAAAGGGCUAAGGGAUCCAUGGGGCCGCAAUGAAGCUUGGAGAUACAUGGGCGGCUUUGCAAAGAGUGUUUCCUUUUUUGAUGUAUUCUUUAAAGGAUUCAAGUGGGGAUUUGCUGCAUUUGUGGUAGCUGUAGGAGCUGAAUAUUACCUGAAUUCCCUGAAUAAAGAUAAGAAGCAUCACUGA